AUGGCGGCAUCGCGGUUUUCACAAUCUUCAACGGUGGUCUCGAAUCACCUGGAUGAAUUCUCCGCGAACGGGAAUCAUGUGGAGGAAGAUAGCGAAAGGAGUGUUUACAGUAGCAAUAGCAUUGCUAAUAGUACUAGUGUUCGGGAUUUAACCGAGACGGCCAGCAGUAGCUAUGCGGCAAUGACUACCGCGACGAGCAUGGCGUACUUGCCUCAGACUGUUGUGUUGUGUGAGCACCGGCAUGAGGCAUUCGAGGACUGCACGCCCUCGGGGCCAUCGGACAGUGGUUUAGUUUCCAAAUGGAGACCUCGGGAGCGCAUGAAGACGGGUUGUGUUGCUUUAGUUUUAUGCUUAAAUAUCAGCGUUGAUCCACCGGAUGUAAUUAAAAUUUCUCCUUGUGCCCGGAUGGAAUGCUGGAUUGACCCAUUCUCAAUGGCACCUCAGAAAGCCCUUGAAACAAUAGGAAGGACCUUGAACCAACAAUAUGAGAGGUGGCAGCCCAAGGCUCGUUACAAGUAUUCAUUAGAUCCAACUGUAGAUGAAGUGAAGAAAUUGUGUACAACAUGCCGCAAAUAUGCAAAAACUGAGAGGGUUCUUUUUCACUACAAUGGACAUGGAGUGCCUAAGCCUACACCUAGUGGUGAAAUCUGGCUAUUUAAUAAGAGUUAUACACAGUACAUCCCUUUGCCGGUUGGUGAUCUGGAUUCCUGGCUGAAGACCCCUUCAAUAUAUGUGUUUGACUGCUCUGCUGCUGGGUUGAUUGUCAAUGCCUUCAUUAAUCUCGAGGAGCUUGGUACUUCUGGCCCUGGUCCUUCUUCUAGGGACUGUAUUUUGCUUGCAGCCUGUGAAGCUCAUGAAACACUUCCUCAGAGUGCUGAAUUUCCCGCUGAUGUAUUUACUUCUUGCCUCACAACACCCAUAAAAAUGGCAUUAAGAUGGUUUUGCACUCGAUCCUUGCUUCACGAGUCCUUCGAUUAUUCCCUGAUUGAUAGAAUUCCUGGACGCCAAACAGACCGGAAGACCCUUCUUGGGGAGCUGAACUGGAUAUUCACAGCUGUGACUGACACUAUUGCCUGGAAUGUGCUCCCGCAUGACUUGUUCCAGAGAUUGUUCAGGCAAGAUCUUUUAGUUGCCAGCUUGUUUCGAAAUUUCUUGCUUGCUGAAAGGAUUAUGCGUUCCGCAAAUUGUUCACCGAUUUCACAUCCCAAGUUGCCGUCAACUCAUCAACAUCAUAUGUGGGAUGCAUGGGAUAUGGCUGCUGAAAUCUGUCUUUCUCAGCUUCCAACAUUGGUCGAGGACCCAAAUGCAGAGUUCCAGCCGAGCCCAUUUUUCACAGAGCAGUUAACAGCUUUUGAAGUGUGGCUUGAUCAUGGUUCUGAACACAAGAAGCCGCCCGAACAGUUGCCAAUUGUUCUUCAGGUUCUACUUAGUCAAUUGCAUAGAUUCCGUGCGCUGGUGCUUCUUGGCAGAUUUUUGGAUAUGGGACCAUGGGCUGUGGAUCUGGCCUUAUCCGUGGGAAUAUUUCCUUAUGUGUUGAAGCUUUUGCAAACUACCACGCCAGAGCUUCGACAAAUUCUUGUGUUUAUCUGGACAAAGAUACUUGCAUUGGAUAAGUCUUGUCAGGUUGAUCUCGUGAAAGAUGGGGGACAUAUAUAUUUCAUUAGGUUCCUCGACAGUGUAGAAGCUUACCCCGAGCAACGAGCAAUGGCUGCAUUUGUUUUGGCUGUCAUUGUAGAUGGUCACAGGAGGGGCCAGGAGACUUGCAUUGAAGCUGGUCUUAUACAUGUAUGUCUAAAGCAUCUUCAAUGCUCUUCCUCAAGCGAGACACAAAUGGAGCCUAUUUUCCUUCAAUGGAUAUGUUUGUGCCUUGGGAAAUUGUGGGAGGAUUUUUUAGAAGCUCAACUGAUAGGAAUUCAGGCUGAUGCCCCUGCUAUUCUUGCACCUCUACUUUCCGAACCCCAGCCUGAGGUCCGUGCAGCAGCUGUUUUUGCCCUUGGCGCUGCCCUUGACGUGGGGUUUGACUCAUCUAGAGAUGGUCACGGAGAGGAAGAUUUGGAUGAUGAUGAAAAAAUUAAGGCUGAAGCUGUCAUUGUUAAGAACCUUUUGAAUGCUGUUUCUGAUGGAAGCCCCCUGGUCCGAGCUGAAGUUGCUGUCGCUCUGUCUCGGUUUGCCUUUGGUCAUAUUAAACACCUAAAGUCGGUAGCUUCUGCAUACUGGAAACCCCAGUCCGGUUCUGUGCUUACUUCCUUGCCGUCUUUUGCGUUCAAGGGUUCCAGUAGUGGCUAUACAACUCCAACGCACUACAUGCCACAUGGGAGUAUAAUCCCUUCUUCUAUUGCUCCCUUACUCCGGGUUGGAAAUGACGGACAGACGGUGGCUCGUGAUGUUAGAGUAUCCACCAGUAGUCCCCUGGCUACCCCUGGAAUAAUGCAUGGAUCUCCACUUUCUGAUGAUUCGUCUCAUAAUUCUGAUUCUGGGGCACCAAAUGACAGUGCUAGCAAUGGGGUUCUCAACCAUUCAACGCGAAGGCCACUGGAUAAUGCACUAUAUUCACAAUUUGUAUUAGCUAUGUGUAAUCUAGCCAAGGAUCCAUCACCACGUGUUGCAGGCCUUGGACGGAGGGUGUUGUCUAUUAUAGGUAUUGAACAAGUAAUUGCAAGACCUGCCAAGCCUGUUGGUGUGGGUGCGCGUCUUGGUGAAUCAGCUGCGACCGCGGGCGGUAGCAUUGCUGGACUAGCUCGUUCCUCAUCUUGGUUUGAAUUAAAUGGAGGUGGCCACUUGCCGUUGACUUUUAGAACCCCUCCUGUUAGUCCACCUAGACCAAGCUACUUGACUGGAAUGCGGAGAGUCUGUUCAUUGGAAUUUAGGCCACAUGUGAUGAGUUCUCCAGAUUCAGGACUCGCUGAUCCACUCUUAGCUUCAGCUGGACCUUCUGGUGGUUCAGAACGUAGUUUUCUUCCUCAGUCAAUGAUUUAUAAUUGGAGUUGUGGUCACUUCUCGAAGCCGCUUCUUACAUUGAUAGAUGAUACUGAAGAUAUAAAUGCUAGAAGAGAACAACGGGAAAAAUUGGCCCUGGAUCAAAUAGGGAAAUGCCAACGCUUUGCUGUGAAUAAGCUGCAUAAUCAAAUUGCCAGUUGGGAUACAAAGUUUGAGACUGGCACCAAGACUGCUUUACUGCAGCCUUUCUCGCCUGUUGUGAUUGCUUCAGAUGAAAGUGAAAGGAUUAGGGUGUGGAAUUAUGAGGAAGCAACCUUGCUCAACAGUUUCAAUAACCAUGAUUACCCUGACAAAGGAAUUUCCAAGUUGUGCCUUGUAAAUGAACUUGACGAGAACUUGCUUCUUGUUGCAUCAAAUGAUGGAAAUAUCCGGAUUUGGAAAGAUUACGCUUCAAAAGGACAACAGAAGUUAGUUACUGCUUUUGCUUCAAUUCAGGGUCACAGACCUGGGGUCCGGAGUGUUAAGGCUGUGGUGGAUUGGCAACAACAGUCUGGAUAUCUUUUUGCCUCUGGUGAUAUAUCAUCUAUCAUGGUUUGGGAUAUGGACAAAGAGCAGCUUGUCAAUAGCAUUCCCCUAGCACCUGAAUCAAGCAUCUCUGCUUUGGCUGCUUCUCAAGUUCAUGGAGGUCAAUUUGCUGCUGGCUUUGCCAACGGUUAUGUCAGAUUAUAUGAUGUCCGCACUCCUGAGAUGCUUGUUAGUGAAACUAGGCCUCACCUUCAACCAGGCGAAAGAGUUGUAGGUAUUGGCUUCCAGCCAGGUCUCGAACCUGCAAAGGUUGUUAGCGCUUCGCAAGCUGGAAACAUCCAGUUCCUGGACAUGAGACACGCGAAAGAGAAAUAUCUCACAAUCGAUGCUCACAGAGGAUCCCUCACUGCCCUUGCAGUCCACCGGCACGCGCCCAUCAUUGCCAGCGGCUCGGCCAAGCAGCUCAUCAAAAUCUUCAAUUUGGAAGGCGACCCACUCGGCACCAUAAGGUACUACCCGACUUUCAUGGCCCAGAAAAUCGGGUCUGUUAGCUGCCUCACUUUCCAUCCUUACCAAGUGAUGCUUGCUGCUGGUGCUGCCGAUGCCUGUGUCUCCAUAUAUGCGGAUGAGAUUUCUCCAUCGAGAUGA